AUGAGGAUUUCGCAGGCUUUCAGCGGGAUUAUUUGUUUUGCUCUUGGGGCUGCGAUGUCAACAUUGAUUUUAUUGAAUGUCAGCAGGGAUAUGUGUACGCUGCAACCCAGAAGUGAAUACGACAUCAGACGCGUGGAUGACAUAGCCGCAAUCAGAGGUUUCCCGCCAUCGUCUUUUGAUCUGACCAUAGACGACAUUGCGGUAAACGAAGCCGUAGACGAUAUCGACGACGUGUUUCCGGAAAACAACGAACCAAUCGAUUCAGAGCUCGGUAUUGCAAACGAGACCGCCGCGUUGAUGAACAAUAACGAGGACAAUAUCACGGCCUCUGUUAUACAACGUUGGAAUGAAAGACAAAAUGUCGGAGCUUCGGAUACUGAAAGUAAACUAAGAAACAAACUUAGACUUGAUGACAAAAUUUGCGAAUGUCACAGGAUUCUUAAACACCCAUUGGACGAUGAUAUAGACGAGAGAAGACAACAAGAGGCGUUACUAUGGUUGCAAGAAGAAAGGGAGAACAGGGAGCCGUUGGCGAUAUGUAAAUCUCUGUCGCCUCUUUCCUAUAUUGGCAGUGGUAUAGAAGUUGAACCUCUACAAGCAGUAAGACUUGCUGGUAUGUCAUUGGACCCAACGGUUACACAGCUAUUACAUCAAUACGGUACAGAUAUUUUCUCAGUCCGGCUCAAAACUGUAAAUAAUGUAGCGGUGCUUUUUAUUUCCCGAACGACAAAAAUCGACAGGUUGUUGACACGUUUUGGUGGAGUCGACGUGACUGGAAAUGGUACAACGGAAUUGACCAUAUCGAGUGUGAAUCUGAAAAAAAUAAAUACGCUUUUGCACCAGGUUAUUUACAAAAGUACAUUUUAUGAUAUUAGCAUCCGGGAUACUGUGUUGGUGACAUUCAUGGAGUUCACCAUUGAAGUUCACGUUCAUGUCAAACGCCAGACAAUGCCCGACCUUUACGACCUAGGCCCGAGUCCUUCCAUAUCUGACAAAGUCACCGUUAUCACUAAGACGUUCGAACGUUACGACGCGGUCAAUCGCCUCGUGAAGAGCAUCAAAACAUUCUACCCACGUUUACCCAUCAUAGUGGCAGACGACAGCGAGUUUCCGCAAAGAAUUGUGGGUAGGAAUGUGAAGCAAACCCUGAUGCCGUUCGCGGAGGGAUUCUUCGCAGGCAGAGGAGUCGCACUGAGCCAAGUCGCAACAAAAUACUUUCUCUGGGUGGAUGACGACUUUGUCUUUACAGAAAAGACGAAACUGGAAAUUAUGUUGGAGAAACUGGAAGAUCCGAUCUCACGAAUUGAUAUUGUCGGAGGUAUGGUGAGAGGGCGAGCCUAUAACAAAUGUUACACUUUCAAAUAUGGCGGACAAUCAGGCGACUGCCUCCGAACAUUUUACGGAAGUUACCGACCACACGACAGGUAUCCCCAAUGUGACGUCGCCGACGUUGUUAUCGACUUCUUUAUGGGAAAAACUUCCAGAGUGAGAAACGUUGGUUUUGAUCCGGAAUAUCGUCGUAUUGGCCAUUCGGAGUUUUUCAUCGACGGAUUGGGAAAGUUAAGAGUCAUAUCCUGUAAAGAUGUUGAUGUUGAUCACGUGCAAGUCAGAAACCCGAAAUAUUCCAAAUAUAGAAUGCGGACGAUCGAUACAACUGACGCUAAGCGACACACUAAUCACCUAUUUUUUAAUAACAAUUUGAAAUGUACGUAA